CCGAAUUGCUGGUGGCAAGCCCCUGACCGUGGAGGUGGCAGGAGUGGAGUACAUGAACGACGACCCUGCCAUGACAGACGUCCUUUAUGCCAAAGUCCACAUGAAGGAUGGCUCGGACAGAUUGCAGGUGAUCGCUGAUCAACUGGUGGAAAGGUUCGUGGCCUCCGGCCUGAUGCUUAAAGAAUGGGAUAGGGUGAAACUGCAUGCUACAGUCAUGAACACUCUCUUCAGGAACGAUCCAAGUGCUGAAGAGCGAAACAAUACAAUGACUGGUAAAUCAUCUUUCAAGGAACGGGAGUCGUUUAAUAGCCGAAAUAUCCUCAAGCUCUUUGAGAACUUCUACUUCGGAGAGGUGCAGCUGGACUCGGUGCGUCUUUCCCAGAGGUUCUCCUCGGAUGCCUCCGGCUACUACCUGAAGAGGUACUUGGCAAAUCUCAUCAGCUGCCCGAAGAACCAGACCUGGGAGCUGCUCACGUGGCCGCCAGCCGUGCCGCCUGCCACAGGGAGGGGAGAUCCACCUCGGAAAGCUACCCGCUGGGUUUUUAACAACUCCCACCAAGAAGCUGAGCGCUACGGGAC